AUGAACCCUCAACAGCCGGUUCAGGGUGCUGGCGCACCGCUCCAGGGUCAACCAGCUCCUCCGCGCCCAGGACCUCCUCUAGGAGCACAGCAGCAGCAGCCACGCUUUCCCCCCCAACAGCAGCAACCAUAUCCACAGCAACGCCCGGCUCCACAGCAGCAACCACAACAAGGCCAACAAGGCGUUCGACCGCCACCCAACGUGGCCAUGCAAGCUCGUCCACAGCAGCAGCCGCAGCAGCCAGGGAUGCCUCUGCCUAGGCCAGCACAAGCUCCCACUACCGGCGCUCGCCCACCUUCCGGCCGUCCUUUCCCACAGCAGUCAGGCUUACAGCCGUCCGCAGCCCCCGGGAGUGCCUCUCUACAGCCAGGUCAGAUCCAAGGUCAACUGAGCCCUCGUCCACCCGCACAGCCCGGCGCUGCCACGGCAGGUGUCGAAUCUCAGAUGGCCGGUAUCCAUCUUCAAGCUCGUCAACCUAGCCCCGCUCCCGCCCCUGCCCUCUCUCCCGACGCUGGUCCCGCCAAAACAAAACGCAGCGCGCGCGCCUACCACACGGACGCGCAAUCUGCCUCUCAGCCCGGCUGGAACGAUGCACCCAGCCAACCCAACCCACCGCCGGCGCCAUGGCAGCAGGCUGCCGCCGCCAGAGUCGUACAGCAAGGCCACCAAUUCAAUCAGCCCAAUGACGACGACGCGGCGCUCGACCAGAUGCCAGGUCAACGCAACAUGAUCUCCCCCGCACAGGCUGCUCACAAUCGCGCCAUGAUGUCUCAAGGUGCUGCGCGGCCCAACUUGCCCUCCAACCCGCAGAGCAGCGUUCCGGGCAUGCAAGCAGCCUUGGGAGGAGGUGCAGGCGGAGCAGGCGGCGCCAUCGCUCAGCCACCUCACCAGGCUGGUCAACGAUUUGCAGGGCCCCGCAGCAAGAUCGACCCGGAUCAGAUUCCCAGUCCCGUCGAGAUGCAGGAUGCCGACCAGGACUUUUUCGACAAGGAGUGGUUCGCCACCUGUGGACGAGGCGGUAUGCCGCUCAGCACUACCAGCUUUGCCGCCGUCGAUCAAGGCAACUGCUCUCCCAAGCAUCUGCGUCUCACCACCUACAGCAUGCCCGCUACCGACGAACUCGCCACCACCUCGCAAUUACCGCUGGCUGUGAUGUUGCAGCCUUUCGCCCAGCUUCGUCCCGACGAAGCUCCCAUCCCUGUCGCCACUUUCGGCGAGAGCGGUCCUCCGCGUUGCAAGCGUUGCCGGGCCUACAUCAACGCCUGGUGCGUGUUUGUUGAAGGUGGUCAGAAGUGGACCUGUAACCUCUGUGGAACCGCAACCGAGGUCGCCGCCGACUACUUUUGCAACCUAGACAUGAGCGGCCGACGAGUCGACUUCGACCAACGCCCUGAGCUCUCGCGUGGCUCGAUCGACUUCGCCGUGCCCAAAGAGUACUGGGCUAUUCAGUCGGCGCCUCCUGCCUCCGUGCUGCUCCCCGUCGCGCCCGCGAGCACUCGCACCGAGACGGCCAAACUCGAUACCAAGACAGACGCAAAGGGCUACGAAGGCAACACCCUCGGCCUCAGCGGCCAGGGUGCGCAGGCGGCGAAAAGCGCGACAAAAGUCGCCAGCGAGGCACUCAACGGUUUGCAACUCGGUAAGGGCCGCACUACGGUGCGCGCUCCUCGCCCGUUGACUUACUUCUUCGCCCUCGACGUCAGCUACAGCGCAGUGCGUUCCGGAGCCCUCGCCAGUUCCGUCGAGGCGAUCCGAGAGACGCUCUACGGCCCCAAGGCCAGCUCGGCGGACGAAGGAACCAACGGCGCGCCAGAUGCCGAUCCUGCCACGGGCCCCGGCUUUGGUCUUGUUGAGGGUGCCCGCGUUGCCAUCCUUACCUUUGACCGAGCGCUUCACUUCUACAACCUCUCUGCAGAGUUGGACCAGGCCCAGAUGCUCGUGGUCGGAGACAUUGACGAGCCGUUCGUGCCCAUCAGCGAUGGGCUUCUGGCCGACGUCUGGGAGUCUCGCCAUCUCAUCGAGGGUCUGCUCGACAACCUGCCCAGCAUGUUUGGCGACAACAUGGUCGGCGAUGCUGCGCUCGGUGCCGCGAUCCGCGGCGCGCAAGCCGCACUGUCCACCAUCGGAGGUCAGGUCAACAUCUUCCUGUCAACCAUCCCCACCGUCGGACCUGGUGCGCUCAAGCACCGCGAGGACACCAAGUUGUACGGCACGGACAAGGAGAAGAACCUGUUUGUGCCUCAGGACGGAUUCUACCGCGGCGUCGCCGAAGAGUGUGUGGACGCAGGCAUCGGCAUCAAUAUGUUCUUCUUCCCUUCGCAGUACAUUGACGUGGCGACGAUCGGCGUGCUACCUGGCUUAACCGGCGGCGAUGUGCUGUUCCACCCUCGCUUUGAUCCUGUGCGUGACGGCGUCAAGCUGCAAACCGAGGUACGACGCACCGUACUUCGCGAAACCGCCUACAACGUCACGAUGCGCCUCCGAUGCUCCAACGGUCUGCGUGUCGCCGAUCACUUUGGCAACUUUUUCCAGCACAAUGCCACCGAUCUCGAGCUGGGUACGAUGGAUGCCGACAAGUGCAUCGCAGCGCUGGUCAAGCACGACGGCAAGCUGGACGAGAAGCACGAAGCACACUUCCAGUGCGCCGUGCUCUACACAACAGCCGAGGGUGAGCGACGCGUCCGAUGCCACAACAUUGCCGUACCCGUCACUUCGUUGCUUGGUAACGUGUUCCGCUAUGCUGACAUGGACAGCACCGUGGCGUUCUAUAGCAAGGAGGUGGUGUCGUUGGCCCACGCCAAGCCGCUCAAGGAGGUGCGGCACUAUCUCACGGACAAGUGCGUCAAGAUUUUGCUCGCGUACCGUCGAAACUGCGCUUCGUCCACCAGCCCGGGUCAGCUCAUCCUCCCCGAGAGCUUCAAGCUGUUCCCGCUGUAUGCGCUGGCGAUCAACAAGACCAAGUGCAUCAAGGGUGGUAACGUCACUUCCGACGUACGUGCAUUCUACAUGCGCUUCUUCCGCGCACAGGGUGUGUCGGCGAUCAUGUCGAUGCUGUACCCACGCAUGAUCGCACUGCACACCAUGUCGGAUGCCGAUGGCUCUCCUAUCAAGAUUCAACAGCCCGAUGGCACGACGGUCGACGGAACACGCAUCAAGACGCCGGCGCUGAUGCGACCAUCUUACCUGCGUAUGGAAGGCCACGGCGCCUACUUGCUAGAAAAUGGCGAGAUGUGCAUCUUGUGGCUGGGUGCCAACGUCAAUCCGCGCCUGCUUGAGGAUCUGUAUGGCGUCAACUCGUUGGAAGAGAUCGACGCUCGCAUGACGCGUCUGCCCAAGCUGCCGACCAAGCUGUCCAAGCAGGUGCGCGCCAUCAUUCAUUCGUUUGCGCUGCAGAGGAACAAGCCCGAAUUACCCGUACUCAUCGCCCGACAGAACCGCGAUGGCACCGAGGUGGAGCUCGCCAACAGUCUGGUGGAAGACCAGAACAACGACGCCAUGAGCUACGUCGACUACCUCUGCCACGUGCACAGGAUCAUCAGCUCAGACAUGACUUCAGGGAAGGAGGAGUCGUCAUCGUGGUUCUCGUCAUGA